CCCCAAAGCGGUAAUGUUACGUAAAUGUGUGUGUGUAUGUGACGCGUGUACAACCUGUAACUCUCCCAUAACAUAAAAGUUUCGUUUUGAAUGAAGAAUCUUAAAAUUGAUGAAUGUGUCUUUGGGGUCGACCGCUGGAUAGAACGGACUAGGUCUCAGGACAGGUUCAUACAAAUAAUUGCCAACAGAACCUAAACACCUAACCUAACUAAUCCUUUAAUAUACGCAGUAUGCUGAUAUAUAUCAAUAUUAAAUUUAUGUUUGAAUGAACAUCAUGUUAAAUUUUGAAUGAACAUCAUGUUGAAAUUGAUGAAUGUAUCUUUAGGGUUGACCGGUGGAUAGAAUGGAUUUGGUCUGAGGACAGGGUUGGAUAUUGACUCACUGGUCGUCUGAGGCAACAACCUCAGCUAGACGAUGAUUAUCUUCACCUCAGUUGAUUAUGUUAAUCGUUGAGGCAACGAUGAACAUAAUCAGACAUGAUAGAAGAACUCUUGUGUUAUUAGGAUACAAUGACCGGCUGAAGUCUAUGUAUUGGUAUCUUCUGAGCAACACUGAAAAACCCGCGUGGUUGGUCGACACGGGAGAACUACCAGCCAAUCACGAGGCGCUGUGACACCCACAUUCUUGUCACAGCCGCCACAAGAUUCAUCUUCUGUUCGCUACGGCUCUCUCCCCUUGUUUUGUUUGUAUUUUCCUCUCCCUGUGAGGAUUAAGAUCUACAAAAUGGGACAGUACGGAAGUGCAGGAACCGAAGAGGAACAGGAAACGAGGCGUAGGAGGAGACGGUGGCGACGUGUGGCAUCACCGUGGCGGGUCAACCGUCUUCCCUCACUCCAGGAAGGCAACACCUCGUCAUUGUUGAUCGAGAGGAGGGAGGAGACGGAGCAUCUCUCCGCCCGAACACCCUCCUUAAUUCUAGCUGAUCACACGCCCUGCGUCUUCAUACCACCUUCCUCCCGCGUCUCCAUUGCUAUCCACAUCCUCUGCCUCCACCUAUCCUUCCCUCCCAGCCACCACCUUAUUCCCCCAGGACAGGCAACGGACCCCCAGCAUGAGUGUGGUGUGGGUCAUCACUGUGUUGCCCCUACUGGUCACCGCUGAGGGAGGUAAGCAAGUCUGGUCCUUACCUCCUGGAGGAGAGCCGCGUACCCUUCCCAUCCAACGCUCAAGUGACACCCCGGCGAGGGUGGGCAUGAGCCCUGCGCCGCCCAGGUUCGUGCAUCCCGCCCACAAUGUGACGGUGGUGGAGGGCCAGGAGGUGACGCUCAUGUGCUCCGUCACCAACCUCCACGGUUACAAGCAGCUGGCGUGGGUGCACGAGGAGACACAGUCCAUCCUGAGCAUCGGUCGCCAGCUGUACACCAAGACCCCGCGGCUCUCCCUCCACGCCGACCGGCACUCCGCCGGCCUCACCAUCUCGCCCGUCCUCGCCGUCGACAGAGGCUGGUACAUGUGCCAGCUCAACACUGAGCCUAUGACCUUCUCCAGGAGCUACCUGCAGGUGCUAGUCCCGCCCACGCUGGAGGAAUGGUCCGGGUCGUACGUGGAGGUGCGGGAGGGCGCGGCCGUCAGGCUCACCUGCAGGGCCAGAGCCUUCCCUCCAGCCCUCACCACCUGGCGCAGGACUGACGGUGACCCCAUCUUCCGCUCGCCCCGUAUAGUGUGGGUGACGGAAGGGCCGGACCUGGUGUUCGAGUCUGUCCGACGGGAGCACACCGGCGCCUACACCUGUCACGUGGACAACAACGCCACGGCGCCCGUCUCCCGCACCACUCACCUCACCGUCACCUACGCACCGGUGCUGUGGCUGGGACGAGAGCUGGUGGGCACCAAGUCUGGCCUCGACAUCACCCUCAACUGUUCCAGUGAAGCCAACCCCCCACCCCAGCAUUUUUGGACAGUCAACAACACCAACGUGACAAACGGCGAGAAGUACCAGCUGGAGGAGGUGAAGGUGUCAACCAAGACGCAGGUGCUGCUGACCGUGAAGAAUGUAGGUCCUCGAGACUUCACUCACUACAGGUGCCACGCCGUCAACCCCACUGGCCAUGCUCAGGGCACCAUCAGGCUCUACGAGAUCAAGGAUCGUGUAGUUCCUGUGCCUACUAGACAAACGUGGCGCAUACCUCACCCAGGUGAGGUCACCAGAGGGCCAACCUCAUCCACCCCAAUCUCCAGCAGCAGGAACAGUGGCGGUGCCAAUACCCAUCUUGGGGACAGCCUGCGCACCACAAAGCUUCUGACCAACAAAAUCCCUGCACCUUCCGGCAGCUGGAGCAUUGUAGGGCGACCUGGGGACACCUACUCCAGUAAGAACACGUUAAAGCAUCAGGGUGGCCACAAUAAUACAUUACUUGUGGUGGACAUUUUGGAGGACGGGGGAAGGGCUGGGUUGCCUCGUCUCCCCACUUUUAAGCUUCUACUACUACUCCCCGCCCUCACACUCCUCCUCACAGCAGACUUUGGCUAGAAUUAGCUGCACUACCUACAUGAGUUUACUUUCGGAUAAUGAGAGCAUUCAAACAGGCAUCAUUAGUGACAAUCAGAAGCUUUACGAUAAAGAGAGGGAAGGAGGGUGGACUGCAGGCGUGGCAUCGGCAUCUGUAUCCUUGAGUGUUUUGAGGAAUGGCAAACUUCCUAAGGAGUUACUGUGUAGUAAUAGAAAUAUGUCUGAAAAUAUAUUAUCAUUCCUUGAAGCUAAGCUAAAGGGAAUGAACAGUGUGGAGGGAUUGUUAUAGAGGCAGCUAGAGAUUAUAUAAUAAUAAUUAUGUAAUAUCUAGCUGCCCCUAUAACCAUCUCUCCACACUGUUCAUUCACUUUAUUCAAAUUCACUUUAGCUAACUAAAGUGAAUUAUAGGUGAAUUCGCUUGAAGGAGUAAUAUUAACACUUGUGCAUUAUUUUUCCUGAAUAAUCCACAAUACUGAUAAGGAUUGUUCCAUAGCUCCUCUAUUUUCAAAGUUAAUAUAUACUGUACACUGAAUAAACAGAAUUAAGUUUUAAAUGUUUGUAGAGGAAUUCGUCAACAGGGUAACAUGUCUUUAAAUUCCUCAUCCUUAUUAUAGAUGAUAAUUAGAGGCUUUCUGGAUUUGAUUUCUAUUUUAGCCGAAUCAUGUACUUGUGGCUGAAGCAGAUGUUGGCUGCAUGUGUUUACUAGUACAGUACCACUGAUGAGGGAUGGAGACGAAUUGUGCUUAUGGAGGUCCUCUGAGCCAUGGGAUCCAAUGCUGCUUACCAGUGAAUGUACAGGAGUUGCUUGCCUGUAUGUAGGUAACUGUAAGCACCACAGGUAUUUAUGAGUAUUCUCCAGGUGAUACAGUUGGUCCACUGGCUUAGUACCUGUACAUGUUCACCUGUUAAGUUCUCAUACCAGUCUGUUAACAUGAAUAUACCUGAAGGGGAGGGGGGGGGCACCGUCUCAAAUGGCCGUGACAGCAACAGGAAGCUGUUGGUAUGUUAAAGGUUCUUGCAUUAUUUCUGAGGAUUUCUGGAGGGAAUCCGUUGGUGCUUCCAGAAGCUAUCUUGCCGAGAUUGUGCUAUACUAAAGGGUCAGUCAGUCAUGGGAGUUCUGUUUGUUGUAUUGGGACCAGAGCCAGAACCUGGUUCCCUCACAGAUGUGCAGGGAGCGGGUCUCUGCGGGUAUCCACCACCUCUCUGGAAAAAUUCUUCCGAAAGUCAGUGAAGCUUUACAGACAACCAGAGGGUGUACAAAAAUGAAACUUUGAAACCGUCAAACUCUACAAACGAUUCAUACAGAACAAGGGAAUCUUUCAAAAUAGAUUGAAACUCAUUAGUACUGAUUACCACUACUAGGCAGUCUGACCCCAGCCCACAGUAGACUUCCCACCUUAGUUCUGUUGCCAUUGCCAUGCUGUCUGGUACUGCUAGUAGUGCUACUGGUCAGUCAGAUCGUGGGCAAGCCCUGCUGCUUCAAGAUAAGUCCCGGUCAUACUUGGACUGUGUUGCCCUCCGGGUAGGAGGGGGUCAUUUGCUCUGUGUACUGUUUCUUCAUGCGUGUGUUUUGGUUCUGGCUUGUGGUGUGGUCUUGGCUCCUAUGGCAUUUUAGGCUGCAUGCACUCAGGGUUUUCUUCAGUGUAUACAGUACCUGGUAAUACUGUUCCUGCACAGAGUUUCCCUUCUCUGAUGUGUUCUGGUAUUCGACCAUGAGGCCUGGCCACCAAGGUAGAGAACCUUGCCUUGGUAUAUUCGAGGAUCCUUGAUCCUUCUGUUUCGGCCUUUGGCUUGGGGUAUUCUUUAAUUGUGCUAAAGCACACUAGGGGUUAGCAUGCUUGUUUACAUGGCCUUUCUCCUUGUGAGGACACCUUCCUGUCUCAGGUGUUGGGUGAGAACUUCAGCUCUGCCCUGGAGCCUUUUAGUGUUGAGUGGAAGCCCAAGGAGUGCCCUUAAGGAAUCUUUCAGCCCUUUGUAACUCUUGGUCCUUUCCAUGGAGAGUCUUUUGUUGCAGGGGAUCAUUUUUACCCUCUGCAACAAAAGAAGUCGGGUCAUCCAAUUCUGUACAAGUUGGGCUGCUUGGCUGCGUUCCCUUGGGUUCAGUUCCGCUUCCUGUUAAGUACCUCAUGGGGUCCAUGAGGAUUUGUUUCAGUACUUUCUGCAGAACGCGGACCUCUUUUUCCAUAAUGGACCUGAGCUUCUUUGAGGCCAGAUCCGUUGCUGCUUAUUGGUUGCAGUAUAAGGUUUCUGGUUCAUCCUGGCUAGCUCUCAACCCUCUCAUUUUCUUGGGAGUUUGACAGAAGUUCAGUUGGACUUGCACACUUGAUUGGUGGGAGGUGAGCAUUUCAUUUGGGUUGCCUCACUUGUCGAUAGGCUGUGUUUGCCUGUUCUUUGCCAGCUUGGUCCCCUUAAUCUUUUGGCUGCCUCUCCAUUUUCUUCCCUCCUUUUUCCACAGGAGGUUAUUGCUCAGGUUGGUUCUGUGACAGCUUUUUCUUGCAUGCCUAUGGAUCAGUUAUUGUUCUCUUGGGGAUCUGUCCUCUCUGAGGUGGUCUGUUUGGGUGGCGACCUUGCCUAUUGUUGGUUGGGAUCAGUCCUCAGGCGAGUAAGAUUCCUGGACUGUUGCAUUUCUUGAAGAGGCUAACUGCUUUGCUCGACAGUGCAAUCACUCUUUUCACAGUAAGCUUGUUUUGCCUGGGUUUCACCGUGACCCUUUUCCACUUCACCCCUUUGGCACUGCCAUGGGUGGGGGGGUGGAUCUGGCUCUUUUUGCCAGCUUCUGGUUCCACAAUUUGUGGGUUGUUUUCCAUGGCCAUUGGUGAAGCAGGUCAGUUCCUCCUGUGUGGGGUUAGGUCUGUUAGGUGAAGUCCUCCAUGGCACUGCAUUGGGUCAUUGUGGGUUGGAUGGCCUCUGGUGAGGUCGAGGUGACCUUGUCAGUUCGGUGGGAUGUUGCAGUUAUUCCUUGUCCUGAAUUGGGACUCGGUCUGAACAGCUUCAUUCUGCAUGUAUGAACAGCUUUCUGCAUUACAACCUUGGCUCGGGUCCACCUGCUAUUACAGGUUGGAGCUUAAUAUCCCUAGACCUUUGGGAUGCAUACUGCCACAUCCCCAUAUGUCCAGGAUUCAGCGAUUGGUUAGGGUUUGUUGCAGGGGCUCAGGCUUACUGCCUCAGCCCCCAAACAACAAUCCAUCCCGCUUCUGUGUGUGUGUGUGUGUGUGUGUUCAGUAGGCUAGCACGUGCCAUUGUGGUCCUGCUAUCUGUUACGGGUUCCUGUGUUUGGCCCACCUCGACAACUAGCUGAAGUGGGCCUCCAGUCAGUCUGCAUGUCGGCUGGCCAAACACUAGCCAAACAUCUUGUCGAUUUCUCUUUCAAAGUCCACUGUGUUUGGAUGGAUGUCUGUGUGUCUGGGGUUUGGAUGUCAUUUGUAAAAAAGACAUCUGGAUCUUCAACUUUCAUGUUGUUUAUCUGGGAUGCUAAAACCUCAUGUCUUCUUACAAAGAACGUCGCAUUUCGAUCGUAUGUGUUACACAAGAUCAAAAAUGGCCAUACUUUACCUGAAAAUGGAAGCGGCUCGCGAAAG